CUUUCUAAACCUCGGGAUGAGUUAUGGCAUCUCGUUUCUCUCUAUUCUUGCAGCACUGAAAUCCCCUUUUUGUGGUUGAUAGACCACUAAUCCUACGUUUUUCUCUGCAAUCCCCGUUGAUGCUUGCUUUCGAUCGUGUCUGUUCGUGUUUGCUGGACAAAUUUCAAAAGUUUUCCUCUGUUUCUUCCACUCGAUCGUGUCUGUUCUCUGGCGUGUGAGGCGAUUCAAAGCCUCUUCCACCGAAACCCUAAUUCGUGGUUGCUAGAGGGAGGAUCUCACGUUUUCGUCUCUUUUUCUCUGAUUUCCCCACGCUUGAUUUGCGUCUGCAACAAACAAAUAAGACGCGUACAAUAUCAGGUGACACUUUAUAUUGUUUCAACUGAGAAGAAAGAGGACUUGAUUGUUUGUCAUCAUUGAUUCGGAAUCAAAACCAAACCCUAGAGACAGAGAGAUUCGAUUCUAUUAUGGCGGAACACUUGGCUUCGAUCUUCGGCACAGAGAAGGACAGGGUGAAUUGUCCGUUCUACUUCAAGAUCGGAGCGUGCAGGCAUGGCGAUCGCUGUGACAGGCUUCACACCAAGCCUAGUAUCAGUCCUACUCUUCUCCUCUCCAACAUGUACCAGCGUUCAGAUAUGAUCACUCCUGGUGUUGACGCCAAUGGCCAGCCCAUCGAUCCACGCAGAAUGCAGGAACACUUUGAGGAUUUCUAUGAAGAUCUUUUUGAGGAACUGAACAAGUACGGAGAGAUUGAGAGCCUGAACGUAUGCGACAACCUGGCUGACCACAUGAUUGGUAAUGUUUAUGUUCAGUUUAGAGAGGAAGAGCAUGCUGCGAACGCCCUUAAGAAACUGACUGGAAGAUUUUAUGCUGGCCGUCCUAUAAUUGCUGACUUCUCUCCAGUUACUGACUUUCGGGAGGCCACAUGUCGGCAAUAUGAGGAGAAUUCUUGCAAUCGUGGUGGAUAUUGCAAUUUUAUGCAUCUGAAAACGAUUGGCAGGGAGUUGAGACGCCAUUUAUUUGGGAGGUAUCGAAGGCAUAGCCGAAGUUGUAGCAGAAGCAGAAGUCCUUACAGGCAUCACAGCUAUGAGGAGCGCCGUGGUCAUGGCAGAAGAUAUGAUGACAUGGAUCACCCCGAUGAAAGCCGUAGCAGGAGGUGCAGGAACACAAGUCCUGCCUACAGGAGAGGACGAAGCAGGAGCCCAGGUGGAAGGAGGAACCGGAAUCCAGUUAGGGAAGGUAGUGAAGAGAGACGUGCUAAAAUUGAACAGUGGAACAGGGAAAGGGAAGAGGCAGAAUACGCAAAGUCGGCCAAUUCUGAUGCGGGGAACAAUAAAAAUGAACCCAGUUACAAUGGGUAUGAGCAAAACGGGGAUCAGUACUAUGGUUAUCAGAAAAACCAGCAAGGCGGACAUGGAUAUUGAUUCAUUUUGUCUGGUGGCGUGCAGGUUUACAUUUCUGUGAAAUGGAUGUGAAAAUUUUCUCCCUUUUAUGUUUCUUUGCUUUUGUUACUGAGUUAUGCUUUCCUUGUGUGCUUGAGUGCAUGUUGUUUUUUUGAUGCUUUACCACAUUCAUUUAUUUUUCUAAACAUUUUGACCUCACCUAUUUACUUCCAGUUUCUUCUCAACCAUAAUUUAUUCAACCAAAUCACUUUCUUCAAUUUUUAUUUUUUAAUGCAAUCCCCAUGUGUAUAUAUCAAUUCUGUUGUAUUAUACAUGUUAUAUAUUUUCCCUUUUAUGUUUAUUUGCUUUUGUUACUGUCAGCAGUAUGCUUUCCUUGUGUGCUCGAGUGCAUAUUGUUCUUUGAUGGUUACCACAUCUAUUUCUUUUUCUAAAUAUUUUGACCUGACCUAUUUCCGUUCCUUCUCAACCAAUUCACUUUCUUCAAUUUUCAAUUUUUUAAUUUAGUUCCCUUUCUGUCCCUAACUGUUUCCCAACUAUUGGUAUAUCAAUUCUGUUGUCUUAUGCAUGUUAUAAAACCUUUUAUUGAUUUUUUUGUUGUUCUUUUGUUUGUUUGUUUUUAAUAUUUAAUUAAAUAACUGUAUAGUAUAGGAUUUAUGAUGUCCGACUUUAUAAAAUGGUUUUUUUCUAUGUGUACUAUUUAAAGUUAAAAUUUUAUUUUUUAAUAUUUUUCUGAAGUUGACUGUACUGUCUGCAAUCCUGCUACCUGUUUAAUGAUAUUUUGAUGACAGAUUGACUUGUACUGUGGUAUAUCUAUUAUUCCUUUUUUCUUUCUUAAUUAUUCCUUAUUUCUUUUACCUUUUUGUCACCUGAAAGAAAGUUCCUUUUUAGAAUAUCACAUUCAGAAAAUCAUUUCCCGUGGUGAUAUUCCUAGUAUGUACAUCAAAUUGCAGCCUUUCUGGAAUUUUAAAACUAUCAAAUGCUAAAAUGUUUUAUCACAGUUUCUCACGGUUACAAUUAGAUCAAUUUCUAUGACAUGAUCAGUUCUGGUAGGUUGCGGAUAUUUCUAAGUGUCCAAUUUGUCGAGUUCACUAGAAAAAAUAUUUAUAUUAUGCCAUGUUCUUUUAUUUUUUAAUGGUGAAAUGAAAUUAUGUUUGACUUUGUGUUGAAUCAAUUCCUCUACACAAUUUUGUUCAUGUGGGCCUUUUUGUGCAUUGUUUUCUCAUAUUGUUUUUUUCCACUUCUCUUUGAAUCCCGAUGAUGAAGUUAAAUAAUUGAGAGUAAAAAAUUGCUUGUAAUUGAUCCACGUCAUUUUGAGAUGUUGCUUUGCUGUAAAUGCAUUUAUGCUGUUUCUUGCAGUCAGACAUUGUUGAUCAACUUACAUCCAGGCCAGUGAAUUUUAUAAUUUGCACGAGUUUAUGUAGUAUAUAUAUAUAUUAUAUAUUUGAACUGCAGUUUUUGAAGUCCGUGAUCUUACUCUUAUUAUGAGUUUUGCAGGUUCGGGUAUGAGGAAAGAGCACUUGUUUUAAUUGCAGCUUACCAUGAAAUUUGUUUACAGGUUGUUUGGUGCGAUCUAUGUUAGAGGCUUGGGUAAUAACAACAGAUGGAAGAUGUGCUGAAGCUCAGCUGCUGAUAAGGGUCUCUGGUGGUUUAGUAGUUUUUUUAGCUUUACUGGAGUUUGGUAGUAUUGUUGUUAACAUUUGCAGGACUUGCAGGGCGUUUCAUCUACUGUUUUGUAACUCAACUCUUUGGUUAUUUUUCAAUAUACAAACUGUGUGAUUGGUAUCA